AUCUCAGUGGUGCCCCUCUGUCCGUGGACGACGUCCACACAAGCUGCUGGCAGCCUUGGUGAAGGGAGCGGGGGCCAAACUGUGAAGCUACAGUUUACAGUUCCAGCUGUUACCUUAUGCUUUUAGCGCUUUCCUGAGUUGUUUUCCAGGGUUGUUUUUUUUUUUUUUUCUUUUUUGGACUCCAGUGGAGCCGCUUUUGCGCAGGGGAAAACUUGCGCGGUCUGACGACAAAAGUUUCCUGCCACGUUUUGAAGCAGCGUCGGUCCACUUUUCCUCGCCUCCUCCUAUUUUUUUUUUAACUUUCCUCGUCGUAUUUUGGGGAGAGUUUGGUGCAGAGAGUUACUUUACUGCUAAGUUUUUAAGUUUUUAUUUCUGGGAGUUAGUUUGCAGUCUCCAGAAUGCUGCCGCAGCUGCUCAGCCUGGCCUGCUGCCUCUUCUGCUUCCACUCUGUCAACGCAAAUGUACUAAAAGCUGAGGCGUGGUUGCAGCAGUAUGGCUACCUGCCUCCAGGUGAUGUCAGAGCCCAGGCCAUGCGCUCCACCCAGUCUAUUGAAACGGCGAUCUCGGCCAUGCAGAGGUUUUACGGACUGACUGUCACCGGAUCCAUAGAUGAAAACACGUUAGAAGCAAUGAGUCGGCCACGGUGUGGCGUCCCGGACAAGUUCGGUCCGGAGCUGAAAACCAACCUGAGGAGGAAGAGAUAUGCGAGGCAAGGUCUGAAGUGGCAAAAGUCUGAGGUCACCUUCAGCAUAGAGAACUACACCCCCAAAGUGGGCGAGAGAGCCACGUAUGAGGCCAUCCGCAAGGCCUUCAGAGUUUGGGAGAGCGCCAUCCCGCUCACCUUCAGAGAGAUCCCCUUCAGCCAGAUCAGAGGAAAAGUCGACAAGUACGCAGACAUCAUGCUGUCCUUCGCCCAAGGCUAUCACGGAGACAGCACGCCGUUCGACGGAGAGGGCGGCUUCCUGGCGCAUGCUUACUUCCCUGGCAACGGCAUCGGAGGAGACACACACUUUGACCUCGACGAGCCGUGGACCACCGGGACCGUGGAUACGGGAGGAAACGACGUGUUUCUGGUGGCGGUCCAUGAGCUCGGUCAUGCUCUGGGUCUGGAGCACUCAGACGACCCGUCGGCCAUCAUGGCCCCCUUCUAUCAGUGGUUCGAAACAGAAAACUUCCAGCUGCCGGACGACGACCGCAGAGGCAUCCAGGCUAUCUACGGUUCCAAAUCUGGAGUUCCCCCUCCUCCCCCUCGUCCCACGAGGCCGUCCAAGCCUGACAAGCCCGAUGAAGGCCCCGACAUAUGCGAGGGACACUUUGACACCAUUGCUGUCCUCAGAGGAGAAAAGUUUGUAUUUAAGGACAAGUGGUUCUGGCGUCUGCGUAACGACAAGGUGUUGGCCGGCUACCCCAGGCCCAUUGCUCAGUUCUGGAAAGGCCUUCCUUCAAACAUCAACGCAGCCUACGAGAGGAAGGAUGGGAAGUUUGUCUUCUUUAAGGGUGACAAAUACUGGGUUUACAGCGAGGCCACCUUGGACAAGGGUUACCCAAAGAGCCUGACAGACCUGGGCACUGGUCUCCCCAAAGACAAGAUUGAUGCUGCUCUCCUUUACACACCUACAGGACAGACGUACUUCUUCAGAGGAACUCAAUACUACCGUUUCAACGAGCUGACCGGCAGAGUGCACAGCGACUACCCAAAGCCCAUCAGCAAGUGGAGUGGAGCCCCAGAUAAUAUUAAAGCUGUGUUCAUGAGCGAAGAUGAAUCUUACACGUACUUCUACAAGGCCAACAAGUACUGGAAGUUCAACAACCAGCACAUGAAGGUGGAGUCCGGCUACCCCAAGUCGGUGCUGCGCGACUGGAUGGGCUGCGACAGCGAGGAGCCCAAGAAGGGCCGGACGGUGAUCAUCAUCGAGGAAACGGAGAGAGGCUCCUGGGUGGCGGGCGUGGUGAUCCCCCUCUUCCUGCUGGUGCUGGUUCUGCUCACGCUGGGGGCGCUUUUGUUCUUCAGGAAGUACGGCACGCCCCGACGCCUCCUCUACUGUCAGAGAUCGCUGCUGGACAAGGUGUAGACGGGCCGGCGGGGGGGGGACCGACAGGCAGACUGCACAAAGAGGGACAGAGCGGGGAGAGGGGAGGGGCCUGGAAGGAGGGAGAGCGCGGCGGAGACCGAAACUCGACGGGGAGGUGGAAGAGAGGAGCGACGCAACUGUGGGGAAGAACGACUGACUGGGGGAUUAAAGGGGGGCAUCAUGUUGGGAGGUUUGUAAGUGCCACAAAAAAAAAAAAAAGAAGCCCACGAAACUGAAAUCAGGAAAAAAAAGUAUAUGUGUAUUUUUAACUAUUUACAUGUUCUGUUUGUGUUGAGAAAUUCAGACCUACAUUACGAGGGGAACUGAUCAAAGAGCCGUUCCUCAUCAACAAUUUCCCACAAACCCCCCCACCCUUCAUUUUUAUCUCGACGACUCCAGCUGACCUGCUGCCUGAUUCAUCUCGCGACCAAAGCACUUGUUUAUGUUCAUCCUUGCCCAGAGAUCAAGCAUCUCAGCAUUGGGGUUUCUUUCCUAGGUUUUACAAAGGAAACUUCUUACCUUGAUGCUGUCGCUUUAAAAGGCUUAAAAUUAGACCCCUAAUAGAAACUCAGCGCAAAAACGACUAAUUUGUCAUUUCCAUCCAAUCAGAUGCAGAAAUAUAGCUGAAACCAGAUAUGUAUCACCAUAAAAAAAAGGCAAAACCUUUCUUUCCCCUCACUGUCUGAUAUUUAAUCAGAAUGAGCAUUUUCUGCUGUAAGUCUCUUUGCAUUAUCAGAUAUAAUUCAACACUGCAAAAAGGGAACUAAAAGUAAGUAAUAUUCUUCUGAAAUGAGCGUAUUUGUCCUUGAUUUCAGCAAGUAAAUAAGAUUAUCUGCCAAUGGAAUGAGUACUAUAAGAUAAUUAGAUGUACUUGAAAUAAGAUGGAGAUGAAUUGUUCAUAUUUUAAGUGCAUUCAUGUUAUUCCUGUGGCUGAUCAUUUAAACGUGCCUGCUCAAAUCGAGGGCAAAUACACUCAUUUCAAGAUUUUUGCUUUUUAGAAAGUUUUGUUCAAUUCCAAAAAAUGACACACAUGUCCUUAGUGUUUGGUAGAAAUGCCUUUUAAUUUGACAAUAGUUUACUUAGACAAUAGUUUGUUGGAAGUUUGGCCCAUUCCUCCUAAUAGCAUUAUAAAUGAAUGUCCAGGCAGCUUAAUGGACUUCAACGUUCAUUAAUUAACAGUAAUUUGGUCCAUUGCCCUAGCUUUAAUUUUCUGGCUGAUAUCUUGAGAUGUUGCUUCAUUAUUUCCACAUAGUCCUUCCUCUUUACGCCAUAAAAAAUGCCUAAAUACUUAAAUUUUAUCACUGAGUGACCUUUCAAGCCCAUUCUGGUACAGGCCAAGAUCUCUCUUGUCAUCAUUCUAUGAUUUAGAAAUUAUUUCAGUGAUCCUAACUUGAUCUAAAACAGGAAAACGAUGGUCUGAUUUAAGGGCAGUGAGAAAUAAAACAGUUUUCAUACACUGUAGGCAAAUAUCUGGUUUCAACUGUACUUGCUCCAGGCUACGCUUCCCAACAAUUAAUGUUUUAGAAGUUGGUUUUAUGUUUCACUUUGUAAAAAAAAAAAAAAAAAAAACAUCUGUCAAAAGAGGGUACUAAAAUUGUUUUUGUAUUGGUACUGAUGUUGUUUUUUUUAUUACUCUGUUCUCUGUUUUCUGAUUAAAAAUGCUCAUUUUUUAUUAUCAUUGUAAUAAUAAUUAUCAUUUGUAAAAGAUACGUGGAUUUGAUGGAGUUGUGUAUAACGGCUUGACACUUAUGGACAUUGUUAUUAAUAACUUAUGCAGACUUGAACUUUUUAAUUAGUCAAACGUCUUUGUGUGUCUUUUUUUUCAGAUGAUAAAAGCCAAGAAUGAAUCCAAAAGACAGAAUGCCUUAAAACAACAACCAAAGAAUAAAAACAUGCUUAUACUGGUUCAGUAAUCCUUCUUUAUGUCAGUAAAUUUUAAAAUGUUUUUCCACACUUCAGGCAUUCAAAUUUGCACACAAACACACAAAAAAGAUUCAGUGCAAGCAGUCAGAUGGAAAAUAGAUUUUUAAAUGUGAUGCUUUAACUUGAAAUUCCAGCGCUUUAUUGUUAAACACGAGCAGAGCUAGUAACGGUUCCCACAAUACGGUGCAAUUUUUAUUUUAUUUUUAAAUUGUUAUUAUAAGUAUGAUUAUUGUUAUUAUUGUUGUGUUGGAAAAGUUGGAGUCACUUUUUCGAAUUUUCGUUUGGCUUUAACGUGUUGUCAUUAGGAGUCCUGCUGGACAGAGGCGAUGCCAUGACAAUGUUGACAUGAAGCCAUCAGAGAAAUGUGAGUUUUCUGUAACAGCAAAACACCUGAAGCUCACUCAGAUGUUGCCGCAGAUUAUCAAACAACCUGUUUAUGAACCACAACUCAGACGGUGCUCAGCAAUCUUUAUUUUUUUUAUUUUUUAUUUUUUUUUACACCAGAACUGAAAGUGAUCAAUGACAAUGAUAAUGGUAAUGAUAUUUAUAGUGAUGAUCGUAUAAAUAAAAUGGAAUGAGAUUUUUCA